AUGUUCCAUCCGCUGAAUUGCGCACUCGCCUUUCCUCCGAUCCGAUAUGCUAUGAAAUGGACUAAGAUCGAGCGCCGAAUGAUUGCAGAGCUGCUCAUUGAGAAAGGCGCCGAUUCCAACGUCCCUUUCCCUGACGGUGAUUACCCAAUUCAUAAAGUCGUCGAAGACUUUCGGGAAGAAUACAGGACCGAUGUGCCCGACGCUGGCCACGAUCAAGACUUCAAGAAGAUGAGUCGCGAGCAUUUCACCCUCCUUAUGUCCCGCUGCUCAAACAUCGACAUCCAAAACAGCGAGGGAAAUACGGCUCUCCACAUAGUGCUACAACACCGAUACUACUCGUGGAGCAAUCUUGGUGGUCUGGGGUAUGCGCAGAUGCUGCUAGAAGCGGGUGCGGACCCAUUCUUGCCAGACCACUCGGGCAAGACACCAUACGAACACUCCCUUGACGUCUCCACCUCCUCAACUUCCAGCGAUUGGACCGCCUUAAAAUUCCGUACCGACGACUUUUACACUCUCCUGCAUUUCUUCACUUCAUGCGCGCUCAAGUCCAACCGCGUGCAGCUAAUCCCGGCAAAGCUCGUAUACGAGCAAGCAUACGCCGAACACUGCCUUAAGCUGCUAUUCAAGUACUUGCUACGGCACAAUGCAAGCGGCAAGUUGGAGAAUGGGACUUGGCCGGCUAUCGACUGGAUGAACGAAUUCCCGGACGAUUGGGACACUGAAUUCGUCAUCCCUUUUCUACAGUAUGCCCAGCAACUAGGAAAGAAUAAUAACGUCAUCGGCAGUCGGAUCAUGAAACUGUUGGAGACCUUUCUGGGUCGCUUUUCAGUUCGUAUCGACGGUUUGCUCGAUAACAGUACUCGCCGCGAUCAACCCAUAUGGGCCGCGGAUGAGAAAGUGGGAAGACUUGAGCUUGAAGCGGUAGAAUUGAUACCUCGGCUUGGAGCUGACCCCAUGGGCCUAUCAGCUUCAAGUGUAUAUUGGCCACGACGUAAUAUAACGUUUCCGUCACCUGUGCCUCAUACAUUCAGAGCUCAGUCGCCAAAAAUUCUGAAGCUAUUCAUUGAACAUGGGGUAGACCUUACCUGGUCCUUUGCCGCGGGCAACAUCCUACAUCAAGCCGUAGAAAACGACAACGUACCCAUGAACAAGAUCCUACUUGAGGCAGGAGUGGAUGUAGAUAUCAGUGGAACUAGCGAUGGCUUCACUCCGCUCAAUCGGGCACUUGUUCUCACGCAUCUCCCACAUAUGUAUCAGGGACCUAACAAACUGGAGCGCCGAAUGAUCGCUACCCUUCUCAUUCAGCAUGGAGCAGAUGUCAACAUACCCUCUCCGGACGGCGAUUACCCGAUACACAGCGUCGUCAAGCAUUUCCACGACCGCUCUUUUCAGUAUCUAGGAAGCAGUUCUGUAAGUAGAGUUGUUGAGUUCUUCUACCACUACGGCGAUUCCGACAAGAUGGGCCGAAAGUAUUUCAGGAUGCUCAUGUCUCGGUGCUCGAAUAUCAACGUCCAGAACCGGGAGGGAAAGACGGCCCUUCACGUCGCUCUACAACGCAAAGCGCCCUUCCCUUACAGACCAAACGAUUUAGGGUACGCUGAGAUGCUUCUAGUUAAGGGAGCGGAUCCCUUUCUACCAGACUCAUUUGGAAAGACACCAUACCAAUACGCUCUUAAUGCCUCCAACUGGGGGGCGGAUGAAUCUGUCGGCAUGCUCGCCCUCAACUGCCCUUUCAACCAGCUUUACGAUCAGAUCCACUUCCUUACGGCCAUGGCGCUCAAAAUUGACCGCGUUCAGCCGAUCCCAGCUAGACUCGUCUACGAGCAAGCUUUCGCGGAGCACUGCUUGAAACCACUGCCACGCAAAAUCUUUCCGCCGUUCCCUGCAUAUGCAGGCCAGCCGCCACCACGCGAACUACACAUCGACCCGCGAAUUGUCAAGGUCUUUCUAGACGUAAUGCACGCGCUAGAGCAGUUCCCUCCAAAGGUAGGACCCAUUGGCUUGAAAAAGCUAGACAGGUCGUUCUGGAACCAGUAUUCGGAAGGGAUUAUAAACCCUACUUUCAAGGCAGACGUCCACAUGUUGGAGUGGCGAGAGGAAUGCCAGGGCUGGCCGGAUUGGACGCCGGAGGAGUGGCAGAAGUGGCGGGAUAGCCGGUGCUGGAUGAAGGAGGCAGAAGGUUGACGAGUGUUUCUACCUGACCUCUAGACUAUGUCAGGGGCAAUCGAUAUAUUCUCGAUGGCUCUGAAUGAAGCGUAGAAACCGAACGGUAAGUGCGUUAAGCUAAGAGUAUCCGUGCAAGUUUCUAAGAUAAGGGAAUUAAAUGCACG